AUGGGCUUGAGGGAGAGGAGGGGAGAAGGAGAUGGGCUAGAUGCACCUCGCUGGGCCACGGACGAGCUCAAUUCGAUCUCCGGCGCCAAACCAGCAGGGAUCGCGCCGAUCGAAGUUCGCCGUCGUCAAGUCGACCCAUCUCUUUUCCAGAACCUGAUCGCCCCCUUCUCUCAACGAGGCGAUCCUCUUCGGGUCUGCGAUGUGCAACCGAUUCCCGCCACUAUUGCGAGUUUUCUUUUUCGUUCCCUUCCCCCUGGAAUCUGCAAUUGUGCUGCUGGCUCGUGUCCUCCGAACGGGCAGCCGCCGCUGGGUGGCCCCUACUAUUGUACAGGAUGUACUACUGGUCCAUCUGCCUACUUACCUAUUCCUCCGUCCCGCGCGACGGGACCCAGAAUCCCGGAAGUAAAAAAGAAGGAAAGGAAAAAGAAAAGUGGGAAGAGACAGACCUACUUCCAGCAACUUCAAUCGGUUCGGGAAGAAAGGAACACUCAAAACUUGUCGGUGAGAGAGCAAACCAGGGCGAGAGAGGACCAGAGAAGCGGUCUUGAGCUAAGUUUACUUUCGCCGGUGUAG